UAAUUCGAUUGAUGAUCAUGAUUCAUUAUACUAUCAUGGGAUCAUAUUCAAAUUCAAAAAGAAAAAAAAAGAUGAAAAUUUGGUUGAAGUGACAAGAAUCUUCCCAAGCCCCUUUGAGCUUGUUCCCCAGAAAACCCAUGAACUAAAAAGGGCUCCAGGCUCCAUCUCCUAUGUUGAGCAAUUCAACGACGGAGGAUAAAGAAAGAUUGAACAAAACACAUGCACAUGAAAAUAAAUAAAUAUAAAGUUAGAAUGAUGAUGUAUUUUUAAUCUUAGAGAACGCGGUAACAUGUUGUUUGUUGGGUUUUUAAUGUCCGAAUCUGGUGGGCAAAAAGUCAUAUGCACACACCCAUUUGUUUUGAUUUGAAAAGCUAUCCAAUCAAAUGUGAAACAAAAGCACAAAACUCAAAUAUUUUUAUUUAUCUUUUUUUCAGUAGUAAUUUUAUUGGUAUUAGAUUUUUAGAUGGAUGCUAUGAUUUGUUUUUGGGUAAUUUCUCGUUUGCCAAAAAAGAAAAGAUCAUAGAAAAUUUUCGAUUUUUAUUUAGGUGUUAUUGUUUUUUGUUUUGACCCAAUUGGGUAUGGAAGAAACUGUAGUAAAAAAAACUGACACUCUCUCUUCUGAAAGAAAAAGGUCUUUGAUUGAUUGUCAAUUAACACAUUUACUAGUCUUAUUUCUGAUUUAUUUAUUGUGGGACUCUAUUUUGUGGAUGAUUUUGAUUUUCUCUUUUUUUUUUUUUUUUUGUUCGGUGCGUGAGGUGAGAGAGAUUUUUAUUAGAGAAAGAAAGAGAUGUCCUUUCGGGUUUUCGUCAGAUUUCUUUAUUAUUACUAGUCCUAUUAGGGUUCCUUAACUUUACUCUUAUUAUUCUCUUUCGAGUUUUUGGUUUUCAAUUUUGUUUCUGGGUUGCUUGAGUUCUUUUUAUUGUUAUUAUUUUUUUCUUUUUAAUUAGGUGGUUGCGUUGUUUAACCCAUUUGGAUUGCUAGAUUUUUCUUGUUCUCAUCUGGGUCGUUGGAUUCUCUUCAAUUUUAGACUGUUUUUGAGGUCUGCUUUUAAGGGUUUCGUUGCUUUGGUGUUCCAGAGUUCGUGGCGUUUCCUGAAAUUGUCAUUCUGGGAUCCAUAGGUUUCUUGUAACUUUUAGGGUUUUUUUUUUUAUUUGAUUGUGUGGCGGUGCUUAGUUUGGUGUAAUUUGGCUCUGCUAUUUUUGGAAGUGGUUAUUCUCAAUUUUGAAUACAUAUGCAUGAUGUUUCAUGCUCAAGGUUCUUCAAGGAAUCAUUGCAGUCUCCUUGCAGUAUUCUGUAGCAAAACUCCAGAUUGUAAGAAGAAGCAGCCUCCCUCUGGUGAAAAACCCAGAUACCCUUUUCCUGAGCUUGCUUCUACUGGGCGUCUUGAGGUGCAAUUACUUACUAAUCCUGGCACUGAUGAAUUCCGGAGAGUUCUUCAGUCAUCAGAGCCCAAUAUUGUGUACUUGCAAGGAGAGAUAAUUGAAGAUGGUGAAGAAAUUAGUUCUCUGAGAUGGAGAGAUGUUGACUUGUCCACUCCAGAAGCCUUGUUUGAAUUAUUUGGUCCCACAUUGCCUGCCACGGUUUAUUUAGAGAUUCCAAAUAGUGAAGAAUUGGCUGAGGCUCUUCACUCCAAGGGAGUUCCUUAUGUCAUAUAUUGGAAAAGUACACUUUCCUGCUAUGCAGCUUGUCAUUUUCGUCAAGCUUUGUUUUCAGUGAUACAAAGUUCUUCCAGCCAUACGUGCGAUGCUUUCCAACUCGCUCACUCAUCUUUUAGGCUCUUCUGUGUGCGGAACAACAAUGUCAUAACUUCCAAUGGCCAUAAAGUUAGUGGUAAAUCUGGACCAUGCUUGCGUGGGGAUCCACCAAAGAUUGAUAUUACUCUACCCGAGGCAGAUGCCCAGGAUGAAGAAAGUUCUCCUGGGACACUUCCUGCUAUAAAAAUAUAUGAUGAUGAUGUAACCAUGAAGUUCCUUGUUUGUGGACUGCCAUGCACACUGGAUGCUUGCUUAUUGGGAUCGUUCGAAGAUGGGCUAAAUGGUCUUUUAAACAUUGAAAUUCGUGGGAGUAAACUUCAUAAUCGAACAAGUGCUCCACCACCUCCUCUACAGGCAGGAACAUUUUCUCGUGGUGUAGUGACCAUGCGAUGUGAUUUAUCUACCAGUAGUUCAGCUCAUAUAUCUCUUCUAGUAUCUGGCAGUGCACAGACUUGUUUUAGUGAUCAGCUUCUGGAGAAUCAUAUAAAGAGUGAGCUUAUAGAGAACAGUCGGCUAGUCCAGGCACUGCCUAGCUCUGAGGACAGCAAAUCACCUACUUCUGAGCCUCGGAGGUCUGCAUCUAUAGCUUGUGGGGCAAGUGUUUUUGAAGUUUCCUUGAAGGUUCCUACAUGGGCUUCACAGAUUUUGCGGCAACUGGCACCAGAUGUAUCUUACCGCAACUUAGUUAUGCUAGGAAUUGCUAGCGUUCAAGGAUUAUCUGUGGCUUCCUUUGAGAAAGAUGAUGCAGAACGCCUCCUUUUCUUUUGUUCAAAGCAAGGCACAGAUCUCUAUGCUAAUAAUUUUAUUCUCACCAAGCCUCCUAGCUGGUUGAUAGCUCCUGCACCCAGUCGAAAAAGAUCUGAGCCAUGCAGAGAAACUAAACCCUUUAGUUAUACUGGCCAUGAACGUGAAAAUGGUGCAAAUGCUAAACAGAAACUAAACAUUGCUGCAAUGAGGCCAAUCCCUCACACUAGGCAUCAUAAGAUGCUGCCUUUAUCUGGAUUUUCUGAGGGUGAAAGAUAUGAUGGAGAUCAAGGGAAACCUAAUUUGCCAGUAGCUCCAGCAAAGCAUGGUGUUAUUGGCCCAGCUCCUGUCUCACAUCGGAAAUCUCUGUCAAGCUCUUAUCAGGCUCAGCAGAUUAUUUCUCUGAAUCCAUUGCCUCUAAAGAAACAUGGCUGUGGCAGAGCACCCAUACAAGCUUGCUCAGAGGAGGAAUUUUUGAGGGAUGUAAUGCAGUUUUUGAUUCUUCGUGGACACACUCGCCUUGUUCCGCAAGGUGGACUGUCUGAAUUUCCUGAUGCUGUCCUCAAUGCAAAACGCCUGGACCUUUUCAACUUGUAUAGAGAGGUUGUUUCAAGAGGAGGCUUUCAUGUUGGGAAUGGCAUCAACUGGAAAGGACAGGUUUUCUCAAAGAUGCGCAAUCAUACAUUGACCAAUAGAAUGACUGGUGUUGGCAAUACAUUGAAAAGACAUUACGAAACUUACCUUUUAGAAUACGAAUUAGCACAUGAUGAUGUAGAUGGAGAAUGCUGCUUGUUGUGUCACAGUAGUGCAGCUGGUGACUGGGUGAACUGCGGAAUAUGCGGUGAAUGGGCUCAUUUUGGCUGUGAUAGGAGGCAGGGGCUCGGUGCAUUUAAGGACUAUGCCAAGACAGAUGGAUUGGAGUACAUUUGUCCCCAUUGCAGCAUUGCAAAUUUCAAAAAGAAAUCCCAGAAAACAACAAAUGGAUAUUAACAGGCCUGAGGCCAUUGACCCACUCUCUCCUGACUUGCUCUCUCAUUUUCUUUUUUCCUAUAUAAAUGGAAAUGUAAUUAUUGUAUUCUAUCCCCAAUAGUUGUUUCCACAUAGAUUAGGCCAUUAAGAAGGUCGUCCAAUUUUUCCCUUGCAUCUGUACUGUGCCAUGGGAAGGGCCAUUUCGAGGAAGAGGAAUUGUAGAAUAUAUAUUUAUUUUUUUAAAAUUAAUUUAGUGAGGCAGCUUUCUCUGUGC